AUGACUGACACCGAUGAGGCAGACAUCGAGUUGCAGAGUGCCAAGGAUAAUAUUGAAUUUAUCGAGUUAAUCCUCCCUGGUUGUCGACGCAGUAUUCAACGGCAGGAUAAAAACCACUUUCGUGAAGAAUUCUCUCAAUCUCUCACCGUUGAAGGCAAAGCCUUCUCUUUAUCCGUUCAUAAGAAAAAGUGGUAUUCUAUAGUCAUACCAGUCAUCAAGGCCGUCCCAAUCGACAUCGAUGAGGUGCUAUCUAACUCGCCGGAGCUGAAAUUUCACACAGUGCGCAAUGGGCUGGACAUUACCAUUGGUCUCUCACCCAGUAGCACCCCGGUCAAGGACUCCUUGAGGAGUGUCCUCGGUGAUUUUCGGGUAUUAGUGAUCGGGCAGUCUGGUGUCGGGAAAUCCACUCUGAUUAGCCAAGCCUUCGGGAUCGAACAGGCAAUCGCUGAGGAUGAGAAGCCGGGAGAAGCUGACAUCGAGAAAGAAUUCAUCUCACCGCAGAACGACCGGUUCGUCUUACAUGACAGCAAGGGUUUCGAACCGGCGGAACGCAACAACUAUAGCAGUGUGAAGACAUUCGUAGAAAACCGUAAACGUCAGCCACAUAUCAAAGAUCAAUUGCAUGCAGUCUGGCUAUGCUUCCGAACGCCUCUCGCACCUCAUGGCGAACGGCUUGUAGAAAGAAGCGCGGAGAGGACUCUUGCAACAAGAUAUGGAUGCUAUCAGAGGCAUUCCGACCAUACGGAGGGUGAACAUAGGGAGGGGCUUGAAAAAUUAAUUGAGCUCACCUAUGAGAAGGUCACCGCGACUUUUGGGUCCCAGAUGGGCACACCAUUGCCAGUCUCGGUCGUGACCCAAAUGGCGCAAAGAGUCUCGCCAAGAUUGAAAAUUGAAGGAUCGAUAGCUAUUGGAAAGCAGAGAUAUUGGAGGGCACUGACUUCUGGUGCCAAUUUUUGGGAUCACACAAUUCUUGAAUGCCUCGCUGUUGUUCACACCGAUAUCGUGUCUGUCUGGAAUUUCAAUGACCCAUCUCAAUAUCUGUAUAGCACUGAAUUUCGAGAAUUGAUGGUAAACUUAGUGGGGACUGUGGAUGCAUCGACACCCACACCACAUCUCCCUCGUGUCGAUACUACCAGCAAAAUAUGCGAGCCAGGUCCCCCCCUCCUGGCCACUCUACCUGUAAUUCUGCCAUUUAAAGCGGGAUUGAGCCUUGUACAGUGGGUUUACGAAACCUAUCAGCGAUUACCGGACGUGCAUCGCAAGUUCAUGACUUACAUUGUCGAUCUGGUACACAUCUUGGAGAUAUUGUUCGCGCUUACCGCCAAUAAGAACGAAAUAAAGCUUACCCGUGGGGCCAUUAGUUUGGCUUUCAACGCAUACUAUCCAUCGGCAAUACAGCGUGACGCUCACCAGAAUAUCAAGACUCGGGACUAUAAAAUCCCGGGCCGCGAUGCCGUCCUCGAGGAAAUCGUUUCUUUACUCGGGACGAGCGCAAUUGACGACAGUGGCAUCUCCAGGGUGCUUGUGAAUAUUUUACCUGCGGACCUAGAGCGAGACGAUGAGUGGCGUACGGUUACUGACAAUUCCAAGAAGACCCGUUGA